UGCGAUAAGGAAAAAAACAAUCUUGGCCAAACUGUCAUCAUGGGGUCGGUGGUGUUAAAGAGUUUAUCUAUUUUGUUGGGGAUAUUUUUUAUAUUUGUGGGUACUAUGAAGCUAACUUCAAUCAUCAGCAAGGACCUACACAAAGACCUGAGAAAAGAAUAUGUGAAGUAUGCAAAAGUAUUUCCACUGGCAGAAGCGCUAAACUUCAAAAUCCCGGCAAAAUGGUACAGAAGAGUUUUUGGUAGCCUUGAAAUAGUAUGUGGAUUUGCUAUGGCUUUCAUUCCAAUACAUAUGGUGAAGCAAGGGGCCAACAUAGUACUUCUGUUUCUCAUGAUGAUGGCUGUCUACUCACAUUACAUGGUCAAUGACAAGUUCGAACGUAUAGCACCAGCACUGGUAUUCUUCUUCAUGUUAACGGGCAGGAUGGUUAUCGACUGGCAAUUGAGGCGGAAAUUGGAAUCUGCGCUAGAAACGAACGGAGACAUCAAACAAAAGAAACAAGACUGAAAACAAAGCUAAGACAACAAAGUACCUCUUACUACGACCUGAGUUAGAUGACUUAUGGGUUAGAUUAGACUUAAUUUUUUUGUACAAGUCUCAAUAGCUUGCUUCACAAAAGAAAGUUUUGUUAGAUUUAGAGAAUUUGUAUUAACUAAAAGUUAGCCUACUUAAGUCUAGUUGAUGACCAACUUUGGCUUAAUGAUUAGCGACAAAUACACAAAAAGAUUUUAGUGCUUUAUGACUUUAAAUUCGUCAUUAUUUUAAAAUGUUAAGAACAGAAAAGAUAGUAGGGGAAACCAUUUUUAAAUAUUGCUUGGGCAGAGAAACUGUGUUUAGUGUUUUCAAUCCUUUUUUAAUGCAAUUUACACAAAUUGGCAACAAAAUAAAGUCAUAUGUCGGAAUACAAGUUGAUGCAAUAUACAAAGAUUUUCUUUCAUCAUUUCACUGCCAUGGUCAUAUGGAUUGAUCUUUGUUAACAAAGCUUGAAAGUUGUGCUUAUUGUGUUAUUGCUUGGUUUUAAGAACAUUAAAGGAGUCUUACUUUAGAUUGUGUUCAUUAUGCACUUGCUUCUGUGAUGGAAAAAAUAUGAAACAUUGUCUAAGAACCCUGGAACAACAUUUUCAAAGACUUAAGUUCCUGCUAGGAAAAUUGUUAUCAUCACUUAAAAUAAGUGUGUCGUGUUUAGGUUCUAAACAUAGUUAGUUAACACUUUGUUUCAUUACUUUUCUGCGAUAUUCUUUACGUCCUUGACAAAAAUAUUCUGGUUGUAUUUAAAUUUAAAUAGAUUUACCGGCUUCAAAUUUACAAUCCACUCAAUCAUAGCAAAUGUCUUCCAAAAUAUAUCUGCCAAAAAAACCAUGUUCAAUAUGAAAAAUCAAUACUUAAUACUUCAUCUUUGGAGAUUUUGUUCCUAAGGUUCUUUAUAGAUAGAACUAUAAAUAUUGUAUUAUAUAUGUUUGUUAAAUUGUUUUGUUGAUUUUAUCUGUUUGUGUUAAUGUGCAACACCAUUAUUUAUGAGGUUUGUUGUUUGAGGAUUGUUCAGAACAAUCUGUAUGUAAAUAUACUCAUCGUUACAUUUUAAAGGUGAUCGAUUUUAUAAACUUUGAAUACAACACUUUUCGAGUAUUGUAUAUAACCAAAACUAUGUGUAUAUCGUUCUAUGUUUGUAUCGUGUAGUUUUGAAUAUGCUAUUUGCAUCCAAGACCCUUUUAGAGUGAUAAGUACUGUUUUGUAAAUUAUUGUUUUAGUUGGACGUUACCAUUGUUUUACUUAUAAGUGUUAUAUGUUUUUAUCCUUGGAACCAUAUUGUGUCUAGUUUUAGACAGGCUUUUUACACUACCAUGGUUUUUGCUCACUACGACACUUGUGAUCUAAUACAGUUUUAAGCCAGUAAACAUUAAGCACUGAAAUAAAUAUAUUUAAACUC